AUGAGUUCCAACUCUUGGAGCAGCGAGGAUGACGAAAUUUUAAUAGAUUUCGUUCGAAACCACGAAGCAAUAUAUAAUAUAAAAAGUAAAGACUAUAGAAAAAGUCAAUUAAAACAGAAUUGGUGGCGUGAAAUUGGAGAAAUAUUAAAUAAAACAGCUUCCGAUUGCUCCAAAAGAUGGUGCUACAUACGAGACUAUUAUAUUCGACGUAGAGGAAAACCAGGUACUGGUUCAAGCGGAGAAGCAGCAAAGAAAAGAUCUGAUCUCCUGUCAUUCUUGGACAGCCUUCCUUCAUCCCAAAGAGGCAGUAUUACUAAUGUUGUAGAUGAAAACAUAGGAGAUAGUAGUGUGAAAAUGGAAAACACUCAUGAUAUCAGCGAAGGAAUACAAACCCCAGAAGACGGAACUAAAAUAAUGGAAAAUACUCACAACAGCGAAGAAACACUAUCAAACACUCAGGGAAAAGAAGAUAUUCACAAAGAAAAUAAAGCUAAAAGCAGCGAUAAGAAACGGAAACAUAUACAUACACACAGUCAAGAACGUCUAAACCUACUUAAGAAAAUUGUUGAUCGGAAUUAUACUCAAAGUGGAUUAGAUGAAAACGAUCUGUUUUUUGGUUCAAUGGCAAAAAUAGUUAAGAGGCUGCCACCUUACGAACAAGUUCAAUUGAGAUUACAAAUAGGAUCGUUAGUUGGUAAUGCUGAAUUACGCCAAAUUUCAAUCAAGUCACCUCAAGACUGUGCGUUAUCUCCAAGACUUGUUGUUUAAACCAAACUUGAUACAACAAUUUAAACCAAAAUUGAUAACUUUAAUGUUUUUUUUUCGAAAUAAUUAUCGGAAGUUGUAACUGACGCGUUUCACUUUUUGUGAUGAUUUUCUCACUAAUGAAGAUUAAAAUUCACAAUAAACAGUAAGAUUUGUAGUUUUAAGUUGUAUCCAUUAGUUCUUAAUUUGCAACAGCACUUUACUAAUUUAUAAAACAGUCAACAUCCAAAAUUUCGUGAAAAAUUAGGUAAUAGGUAUCUGGCGAUCUUGAUCAAUUAGGUAUAUUUGUUUCUUAAUAUGCAACUUAUCAAAAAUGAAAUAGUUUUUAUCAGUUUCAUAAAACAUUGUAAAAUUAUUUUGUGAUAGGCUUUUAUAUUUUUUUCUGUUUUCCAUUGCUUCACAUCCUACUCUGUGACUAAUUUAAUUAAGGUACCAAAACUAUCUAUCUAAUCAUUAUUUUUAAUUGAUUAAUCAUAUAUUUUAAAUUGUUUUUAAUUUAUAAUAUUAUAAUAGGUUUUAAUUGAUAAUAGUUGAAAGUGAUUUUAUUUAUAGUCAAAAAAUACUAGUAUCAGAUUUGUAAAACCUGCAAUUAAACAUUUUAAUAUACCUAAAUAAUCUGUAA